CAAGAAAGCGAACUAUGUCGGAGAGGUCUCCAAUCAAAAACGUCAUGGCUACGGGAAAUAUGUUUACCCAAACAGCUUUUUCCUCUAUGAAGGGGAAUGGAGCAUGGGGAGAAAGCACGGCCUUGGCAAACUGAUGAUGAAAGAUGGCAGUUUUUAUGAGGGGGAAUUUAUCUGCGGGGAGAUUGAAGGAAGCGGCCUGCGACACUGGGCUAAAACGGGGGAUUCUUACUCUGGAGAGUUCAAACAAGGUGAGCUCCAUGGCUUUGGAGUACUGCAGAGAGCCAGUGGUGAAACAUAUGAAGGACAGUUCUGCUGUGGCCUCAGAGAAGGUCACGGAUCCCUGACAGAGUCGGAUGGCCAUGCCUACCUAGGCUCCUUUCACCGGGACAAGAGACACGGGGAGGGCCGCAUCGAGUACAGUAACGGGGACCAUUAUGAAGGAAGUUGGGUCCUGGACCAGAAGCAGGGCCAGGGAGUUCUGCGCUGUGUGGACGGAUCUCUGUACGAUGGCCAGUGGCGUAACAACCUGUUCAACGGCCAGGGAAUCAUGAUCCAUACCUCUGGGAUGGUGUGGGAAGGCAUUUGGACCAACGGCAGGCCCUUGGGUGGCGCCUCCAUCAUGGUGAUCGAGGGAGGAGGGGAAGGAGGAGGAGGAGGAGGAGAAGGAGGCGUUUUGGCAGUUGUCCAGGGGAGGGCCUUUUGCGUGGAAGUGCGGCUGCAGACGGCGGACGCGGGCGAGACCGUCACGAAUGAGAGUGGGCGGGUGCUGCAGAUCACUGCAGGGGUCCGGGUGCCCAAGCUCCCCCCCUCACCCCCCCCUGACCUGCAGGGAACCGUCAGCCCCGCCCUCAUCAACACACCCUUUGGCUUUCAGGUUGUCAGCUUCCCUUUGAUGGACAGAGAGGCCUUUGAAGACGCCACCUCCCCCGUCAUCACUUCCUCCCGGUCGCCAACAACAACAACGGCGUCCACGGGAAAGCUGCUUCCCUUAGCUUCCCCGGCACCGGAACCAGCGCCAACAGUAGCAUCCGACCCGUCGCUAGCCUCCGCGGCGGCGGCGGCGGCGGCGGCGUCAUCACCACCGGCAGCGCUGGCGAGGGCGAUGGCGGGCGCGAGCUGCUCGUCUCUCCCGCAGGGCGAGUGGGAGUCUGGCAGGAGAUCAGACGGAUCCACCGCGCCGGGGGGCGGAGCUACUGCCACCCCCGGCUACCUCGAUGGGCUGAUUGGACGAGAGGACAGCCGCAUCUUCCAACCCAUCACUCGGAGAGUAGUAGAAGGCCGGGCGACGUUUGAGGACUUGAUGUUGGCCACGCCCCCUUCCGAUUCCGUUCCGUGUCAACUGGAGCAGUUGGAAAAGAGUACGAAGAAGCCCCCACCCAGCAAAGAACCGGCUGGUGGUCAGAAUGCCAACAAGAAUCGCAGGCCAAGUCAGGGCUCCCGUCUGCCCGGCAACUCCAAGAAGUCCGGAUUCCAUCCAUCCAGAGCAGUGAAACCCUGUGAAUAUGUGAUCAUAGUGGAAGACGUGACCAGCCCUCCCUUCAUGGGCCAGACGCUGCCCACAGCGUUCGCUCUUCUGAGCCUCCUCCCAGCGGAGGGCUAACCCGCAGGAACCCCACCCUCCAGGGCUAGAAGUCAGAAGACCACGGGACGUCAGAAGAGAUCUCAGAAGACCUGGGGAUCUCAGAAGACCAGGUUAGCCACCAAGUCAGGACACAGGGGGGAAGACAAACGUCCACAUAAACUACAACAACCAACGAGUCUUAUAUUUGCAACUUGAGUCCAUAUGCUGUUUAUACAUAAACAGCAUAUGCAUCUUAAUUAAGCCAAGGAUUUAUUUUUUUUACCAUACCAAUGUAACUUAUUUUAAUUGUCAAAUUUAGGACGAAGCCAUAUGUCAAAUGUGCUAAUGUUUCCGUAAAAAAAAAAAAUCCACCCAUUGGUAACUUCCAUAUCCGUCCGCCAAAAUCGUUUCUGGUCCGUUGAAUUAAUAAAAUAUAGCUGCUUGCAUUGUGUAGUGUGAUAAUGCAAUUCGCAUAACGUUUGGGCAAGUUUACAAGGCCCCACUUCUGUAUUAAAUGGAAAUGAGGCAACAACAUCUUUGAUUAUUCCAGUACUUGGUUUCCCAGUGCUUCAUGUAAGCGAUUGCUUCACCUUCAGCAACCCUCCCCCUGAGAUUGCCUGUAAACGCCGGAUCAUUCCAGGGCACUGCCAGUCACGGCGACAACAGAACCACGUUUAUUACAUUUUUCGGCGACACAAUGUGGUUCGCUUCACGGUUUGCCCUCCCGUGGCGGCCCCCGCUGCGAUGUCAUGGGAACGGGGGGGGGGGGUGUAGCCUUGUUCACCUGGUUAGUUGAAUAAAGCAUUGUGCGU